GGGCCUGUUAGCCAGCGGCUUCACAGAAACACAUUAUUUGAAAGACGGCACCGAUGUGGUUCUCACACGCAAUUACACGGGUCACUGCUAUUACCACGGCAAUGUGCGGGGGUACCCCGACUCCUCGGUCAGUCUCAGUACCUGCUCUGGACUCAGGGGAAUUAUUGUAUUUGAAAACAAAAGCUACAUUCUGGAGCCAUUGGAAGGUGCUACAAGCGAACACAAGAUCUACCAAGCAGAGAAUUUGAAAAUAGCCCCAGGAUCUUGUGGCCAUCAGCUGGACAUCUCUGCCAUGAGAACUGAUGGCAAUGGCACAUCACACCAUUCUCAAGCUGGCAGGUACAAGAGGGAGACUCUGAAGACAACGAAGUAUGUGGAGCUUGUUAUUGUGGCAGAUAAUCGAGAGUUUCAGAGACAAGGCAAGGAUGUGGAAAAAAUUAAGCAGAGACUGAUAGAAAUUGCAAACUAUGUUGAUAAGUUCUAUAGGCCACUUAAUAUUCGAGUAGCCCUGGUCGGAGUGGAAGUAUGGAAUGACAUGGAUAAGUGCUCUAUUUCUCAAGACCCUUUCACCAGUCUCCACGAGUUUCUGGACUGGAGAAAGCUAAAACUACUACCUCGUAAACCCCAUGACAAUGCACAGCUAAUAAGCGGGGUGUACUUCCAGGGGACUACCAUCGGCAUGGCGCCCAUAAUGAGCAUGUGCACUGCAGAGCAGUCUGGAGGGGUCGUCAUGGAUCACUCAGAAAAUCCUCUAGGUGCAGCCGUCACCCUGGCUCAUGAACUGGGCCACAAUUUUGGAAUGAAUCACGAUACCUUGGAGAGAGGAUGUAACUGCAAAGCGUCUACUGAUAAAGGGGGUUGCAUCAUGAACCCCUCUACUGGGUAA